AUGGACACGGACGGAGGAAGUUCUGCCGCCGCUAGCGGCGGCGGGGGCUACUUUGAAACGAUGGGGGGCGGGGCGGGCGACACCGGCGGCGACAUCCUGGACCAGGGAGCGGGGAUUUCCUUGACCGCCGGGAGCGGCGGCAGCGGUUACGGGAGCACCGGUACGAGUGUAGUGUGGAGCACUGCCAAAGAAGACCAGGCCAGGGUUCCCAGCUUUACCGACCUUUCUCUGGCGGAAGAAUCCACGCGCGCGAUCUCGUCGGCGGGCGGCCUCGAGCCCAUUGCUUCUGCCGCUUCUGCUGCUUUGAUUGACCCGUCGCCGGGCCCUGCGGAUGCUUCCGCCCGGGUGGUCUCUGCCGGUGCCGCUGGCGGAGGCAAAUGGCUGCGCGACGGCGAGUUAUCGGCGGUUUCUCCGAGCAUUGGAAGGACGGCGGCGUCACCUGGAGGGGCCGCUGCCGCCCGCGCUGCCACUUCCCCUGCAGUCCCUGAGGGUGUGUCGGGCGAGACAAGAGGCGGGGGCGGGGGCGGCGGGCGUUCGAGUCCGCUGCACUCGAGGUUCUGUGGCAAGAGAAGCGUGAUAACCGCCGACUCCAAGACCAACGAGAUCUUCGCCCACCCGCUCGCGACCGAGGGGGCGGGAAGCGUAUUCCCCGUGGACCUGCCGAUGAACAGAAGCACGGAUACCCGUUACGGCCUCUGCCCGGCCACCUCUCUAGUACCAACCCGUCCAUCGGUAAGGCGAGGAUGGGAAUUUACCGCUCUGUCCCUUGUUGUACCCGGUGUUCUGUCGUGUUACCUACCUUUGGGUCUGGCGGCGGCGGCGGCGGCGACGCCGUGGUGGUGCUGCUGCAGACGGAUAUUUGAGAUCGGGUUCAUCAAACAGUUCGACAGGCUGGCCAUCAACCCCAACGUCGGGGAGUUCUGGAUGCUGAUCGACGCCCACUGGGUUUCUCGGUGGGUGGCGUUCGUGCUAGGACAGGCGGGCCCGCCUGGUCCCAUCUCCAACGACAGGCUCUACAGGGAAGACGCGUUUGCGCCCACGGCGGCGGCGGCGGCGGCGCCUCAAUCCGUGGCCUACGACGUCGCCUUUCGACGGGAGGCCCCAGGUCCGAUCAGAGUUGGGCCAACGCUGUCGAAGACCAAGUUCAAGGCGGACCUGCAGGCCAUCAGCGACUACAGGGCGAUUCACCCGGUGGUGUGGUACAUCUUUCGCGAAAUCUACACCACCGAUGGAACCCCGGACAUCUGCAGGUGGAAGCUGGACUUGUACGCCGAAGAGGUGUCGGCAAUGAGGAGGGCUAGAAUUCUGGAGCCGAACCACAUCAAGGCGAUAUAUCAGCUCCGCAGGUUCGUCGCGAGGAUCAAGCAUAUUGUAGCCCAGGAGAAGGAGAUGAAAGAGAGGCAGGCGUCGCACGAAAGGGAGAUCAUCGAAGAACGACAACGAUUAAGGUCCGACUACAGGCAUCACCAAGCCUGGCGCUCGUCGAAAGGAUUCGACAUCCGCCACAAACACGACACUCCAGGCACAGACAUCUAA